AGAAGCCUCAAUAAAGUGAAAGUAAAAGCACUUAACAUCGGAUAAAUAGACCCCGUCUCGCAGGAUUCAAAACCAGCAAAUGCCUUCCUUCACAUCUUAUGGAAAAGCAGAAAAGCCUGUAAAAUGAGUGCGAAUGAGGAGAAAGAGCAGCAGGUUUCUGUUAACACCCAGAGAGCAGCAUCUCCAGGGCCCAGCUGUGUGUCUAUGAAGAGCAACAACUCCAUUGGUCUGCCCCCUGGUCUCAGUGAUGGACCUCCUGUGACCUCUGACCCUGUUAUCAGCAGCAGGACUAGAAAGAGAGCAGCAUCUCUAAUAUCUAGCUGUGCGUCUGUGAAGAGUAGCAACUCCAUGCAUCUGCCCCCUGAUCUCAGUGAUGGACCUGCUGUGACCUCUGACCCUGUUAUCAGCAGCAGAAAGAGGACUAGAAAGAGAGCAGCAUCUCUAAUAUCUAGCUGUGCAUCUGUAAAGAGUAACAACUCCGUUGGUCUGCCCCCUGAUCUCAGUGAUGGACCUGCUGUGACCUCUGACCCUGUCAGAAAGAGGACUAGAAAGAGAGCAGCAUCUCUAAUAUCUAGCUGUGCAUCUGUGAAGAGUAACAACUCCGUUGGCCUGCCCCCUGAUCUCAGUGAUGGACCUGCUGUGACCUCUGACCCUGUUGGUUGGAGAGCUGACCAGAUCAGUCAUCAUGACACACAAGCAGAUCUGCAGCUCGAUUCUCACCAAACAGUGCAUGAUGAUCUUCAGAGAGUCAAAGACCAGCACAAAACCAGUAUGAAGAACAGGUAUGAGAGCUUAUUUGAGGGAAUCAAACUACAAGAGAAUCAAACCCUCCUGAACAGGAUUUACACACAGCUGUACAUCAUAGAGGGAGAGAGUGAAGGAGUGAAUGAAGAACAUGAGGUGCUACAGAUUGAGAAAAGUUACAGGUCAAUCCAAGACACUCCAAUCAACUGCAAUGACAUCUUUAAUCCUUCACCUGAACCAGGAUAUGAGGAGAAGAGAAGAGAGAAGAAUGACAAAAUAAAGACUGUUCUUACUAAAGGCAUCGCUGGAAUCGGAAAAACCGUCUCUGUGCAGAAGUUCAUUCUGGACUGGGCCGAGGAAAGAGCCAAUCAGGAUGUAGAUUUCAUGUUUGUGCUUCCAUUUCGAGAGCUGAACUUGAUUAAAGAUCAUCAGUACAGUCUUCACAGACUUCUGCUUGACCUUCAUUCUGAACUUCAUGGUCUGGAUUCAAAGAUUUAUGAUGAAUGUAAAGUUGUGUUCAUCUUUGAUGGUCUGGAUGAAAGCAGAAUUUCACUGAUGUUUACAGACUGUCAGAAAGUUUCUGAUGUGACUGAGGUUUCUUCAGUGAGUCUGUUAAUGUCGAACCUCAUGAAAGGAGAUCUGCUUCCCUCUGCUCUCAUCUGGAUCACCACCAGACCAGCAGCAGCCAAUCAGAUCCCCUCCAACUACAUCAGCCGUGUGACAGAGAUUCAAGGAUUCAAUGACCCUCAGAAGGAGGAAUAUUUCAGGAAGAGAAUCAGUGAUGAGCAUCAAGCCAGCAGAAUCAUCUCACACAUCAGAAGAGCAAGAAGCCUCCACAUCAUGUGCCACAUACCCGUCUUCUGCUGGAUCUCAGCCACUGUGCUUCAAAACAUCCUGAAACAAGAUCUCAGUGCAGAAAUCCCUCAAACUCUGACUGAAAUGUACAUCUACUUCCUGCUUAUUCAAACAAAUAUGAGGAACCAGAAAUAUGAAGAGAGAGGUUCAGGGAAACCCCUGCAGUCCAACAGAGAAGUGAUUGUGAAACUGGCUGAACUGGCUUUCAAUCAGCUGAUGAAGGGCAAUGUGAUGUUUUAUGAGGAGGACCUGAGAGAGAGCGGCAUAGACGUCACUGAUGCCUCAGUGUAUUCUGGGAUUUGCACUCAGAUCUUUAGGGAGGAAUCUGUGAUUUAUCAGAGGAAGGUUUACAGCUUUGUACAUCUGAGCUUUCAGGAGUUUUUUGCAGCACUGUAUGUGUUUUACUGUUAUUUACACAAGAACAGUGAGGUUCUGAAAAUGUUCCUGACAGAAAAGUCCAGAACUCAGAGUAAGAAUGUUUCUCUGGAUGUGUUUCUGAAGGGAGCAAUGAAUAAAGCCUUGGAGAGUAAAACUGGACACCUGGAUCUUUUCCUUCGGUUUCUUCAUGGCUUCUCACUGGAGUCCAAUCAGAGACUCUUACAGGAUGUGCUGAUACACACAAGGAGGAACCCAAAGAGCAUCAAGAAAAUAAUCCAAAACCUCAAACGAGGUCAAAAACAUGAUGUUAGUCCUGACAGAUGGAUAAAUCUGACACACUGCUUGAUUGAGAUGAAGGAUAAUUCUGUUGUUAAAGAAAUGCAGGCGUUUUUAAACUCUAAAACAAAAAUAAAAUAUCUUUCUCUUGCACAAUGCUCAACUUUGGCAAACAUCAUCCUGAUGUCAGAGGAGGUGCUGGAUGAGUUUGAUCUUACAAAAUACACAACCAAAUCAAAAGAUGGGAGAUGGAGACUGUUACCUGCUGUGAGGAACUGCAGAAAAGCUCUAUUGACAGGCUGUAAUCUCACUGAUCAUCACUGUGAAACUCUGGCUUCAACUCUACAAUCAUCAAACUCACUAAAAGAGAUGAACAUGAGUAACAAUGACCUUCAGGAUUCAGGAAUGAAGCUACUCUGUGUUGGACUGAAGAGUCCAAACUGUCAACUCAACAUACUGAGAUUGGCCAUCUGCAAACUCACUGAUCAGUGCUGUAAAACUGUUGCUUCAGUUUUACAAUCACCAAACUCACUGAGAGAGCUCGACCUGAGUAAGAAUGACCUGCAGGAUUCAGGUGUGGAGCUGCUCUGUGUUGGACUGAAGAGUCCAAACUGUCAACUCAACAUACUGAGAUUGGCCAUCUGCAAACUCACUGAUCAGUGCUGUAAAACUGUUGCUUCAGUUUUACAAUCACCAAACUCACUGAGAGAGCUCGACCUGAGUAAGAAUGACCUGCAGGAUUCAGGAGUGGAGCUGCUCUGUGCUGGACUGAAGAAUCCAAACUGUCAACUCAACAUGCUGAGAUUGGCCGGCUGUAAUAUCACUGAUCGGAGCUGUGAAAUUUUGGCUUCAACUCUAAAAUCAUCAGACUCCACCCUGAGAGAGCUGGACCUGAGUCACAAUGACCUGCAGGAUUCAGGAGUGGGGCUGCUCUGUGCUGGACUAAAGACCUGUCAACUCAGCAUACUGAGAUUGGCCGGCUGUAAUAUCACUGAUCGGAGCUGUGAAAUUUUGGCUUCAACUCUAAAAUCAUCAGACUCCACCCUGAGAGAGCUGGACCUGAGUCACAAUGACCUGCAGGAUUCAGGAGUGGGGCUGCUCUGUGCUGGACUAAAGACCUGUCAACUCAGCAUACUGAGAUUAUCUGGCUGUAUGGUGACAGAAGAAGGUUGUGCUGCUCUGGCAUCAGCUCUGAGUUCAAACCCCUCACACCUAAGGGAACUGGAUCUGAGCUACAAUCACCCAGGAGAUUCAGGAGAGAAAGUUCUCUCUGAUACACUCAAACAUCUGGACAAACUCAAUGUGGAUCAUGGAAGAGAGUUCAGGAUCAGAGCAGGACCUCAAAAGUAUGCCUGUGAUCUCACACUGGAUCCAAACACAGCAAAUGGAUAUCUCGUUCUGUCUGAGGAGAACAGAAAGGUGACGUGUGUGACUGAGCGACAGUCAUAUCCUGAUCAUCCGGACAGAUUUGAUGAGGAGUGUCAGGUUCUGUGUUCAGAGACUCUGACUGAUCACUGUUACUGGGAGACUGAGUGGAGUGGAUAUGUUCAUAUAUCAGUGUCUUAUAAAGGAAUCGAGAGGAAAGGAGGGAGUGCUGACUGUGAGUUUGGAGAUAAUGAAAACUCCUGGAGUCUGUUCUGCUUUGAUCAGAGAAUCAGUGUCCAUCACAAUCGUCAGGAAACUGUCAUAUCUGCAGCUCGAGGCUCCUGUAAGAGAGUAGGAGUAUAUGUGGACGAGUCGAGGGGGUCUCUGUCCUUCUACAGCGUCUCUGACACACACACACUCACACACUUACACACACUCACACACACAUUCACUCAGCCACUACACGCUGGAUUUAGAUUUAACAGUUACAACUCUUCAGUGUCUCUGUGUCACAUUAAACACACACACACACACACACACACACACACCUGACUGACACACACACUCACACA